ACCUUACAGACAUCGACGUAAUUCCCGAUGGGUCACAUCUGGGCGGGCAUGGCUGGCUUUGAACUGCCUUUACAGGUGUUCUCUUUGCUCAUAGACCUAUCUGCGCUGGAAGUGGCUGGUCGAAGCAUUCUAUAGGAGGUCGACCACCAUGACGGCCAACACUGCUGAUGCUGGGAGACCUGCUAGCACACUGCGACGAGUACAGGAAAUCGACGACGGUGCCAACGACAACGACAACGUAGGCGCUGGCUCGGGUUCGCUCACAACAAUGGACAUGUCAUUUCUCUCGAACGUGACCAUCGAUGACAGCGGUGUAGGCCAUGUUAAGGUGAACAACAGCAUGGACUGGUCGGAGAUUCUUUCCAACGACAGUACUGUGCGGAUUAUCUACGAAGGGUCUGGGUCUAGUGAGCAAGUUCUGAUCAUCCCCGUCAAGGACAAUGCGUCGAGCUAUGUAGAUAGCGUGGGAGUCAUAGGUACAGGUUCAAGCUCGACCAUCCUUGUAAUCGUGGGCUCCGUUUUGGCCAUCGUUGCCAUUGCGGCAAUAACGGCUGUGGUAUUGUACGGCCGGAGGAAUCGCCGACGAGCAUUCUCGGAAGACCCUGACGAACCUUUUAUCGUGGGCUCGCUGCCUCAUCAGCCAGCUCCACAGCUCAGCAUGUUGGACGCGGACAUCACGCCGGACUUGUGGGUCGAGGGUCAGUACCGGUACUCGCCUAACAUGAGCGGGCUGGAGAACUCUCUUAGUGGCACCGCCAUUCUGUCGGAUAACAACACGACUUCGCUAGACCACCGACUUACCGUCGACGCCUACCCGUUCGGCCCCAACACUAAACGAGGACGUCGAAGACUCCGUUGA